AUUGCUCAACUACCAGCUGCUCGCUUUACGAUCUUCUCGCCCGUAUCCCUAUCUCUGCGCUGGAUGUGGGAAUGAUACUCGAGAGACUCUAUAAAUCCUGGAGAAACUCCAGUGGAAAUGAGAAAGUAUCCAGAAACCGUGACUAGAUCAGAAGCAAUGAGUUACCUGCUCAAGACCAGGAGGGAGAGGGAACCACCCCUGCAGGAACAUGCAGCUUCAGAAGAACAAGCAGCAAAGAUCAAUAAGGUCCGGGAACUCCUCGGGGAGCUGCCGACGGAGAUGCCGGGCUUCUUGUCGGACGCCACCAUCCGCCGCUUUCUCCAUGCAAGAAAUUGGAGCACGAUUCAGGCCACCAAGACUCUGAAAGAAGCUGUCAAAUGGAGGCGUCAGUACAAGCCAGAAAAAAUCCGUUGGGAAGACAUUGCUGAACGGGAGAAUGAGGUGAAGAGAGCCUAUAUAACCGACUACCUUGACAACAAUGGGCGUACUGUGUUGGUUUCAAGGCCGUCAGUAAAGAGCGUAACUUCAGUGAAGGAACAGAUCAAACAACUAGUGUACAACCUGGAAAAUUUGACCAUGAGCUCAGAGAAUGCACCAGAAAAUGCUGUUUGGAUAAUUGACUUCCGAGGAUGGACACUAUCAAGUACGCCAUUGGCAAUGACCCGUCAGUCACUUGACAUAAUUCAGAACUAUUAUCCAGGGUUGGUAGCUGUUGCAAUUCUUUGCAACCCACCUAAGAUAUUCGAAUCUUUUUGGAAGAUAAUGAGUUACUUCAUCGAGCCAGAAAUGAAAGAGAAAGUGAGAUUUGUGUACUCUAACAAUUCUGAGAGCCUGAGAAUAAUGACUGACAUGUUUGACCCAGACAAGCUGGAGUCUGAAUUUGGCGGACGAAACACAUGGGGCCUCGACAUUGUCGAGUAUUCUGAGAGAAUGCGAAGAAGAGAUCAGGUUAGAGGAGCUUCGGCAAAUGCAAAUGAAAAUACCUGUUCUACUUGACCAUGGCAGGAAUCAUCUUGUGAAGUGUAUAUGAACUCCACUCUAACCAGCAAAGACGACAUACGAAGAAGAGACUGGAGCCCUGUCUUUACUUUAUACGCUGAGCACUGAACAUAAGUGUUCAAAUAACUUAAUAAGUUCGAUUAGUAUGAAAGGAUAGGAGGUUAAUCAUUAUAUUAGAUACUAAGAUAUGAUCCUAAUGACCCAUACGAUCAGAUGCCAUGUGGAUUCAUAAGUAAGUGUAUUGUAGGUAAUAAGAUGUCGAUAUUUGAGAAGCACCAGUUGAAGAUUAAGGCUAGUCGUUUCUUAAAAAAAAAAAGAUUAAGGCUAGUCAUAAAAACUGGAGGUGGAAGAUACUAGGUUACAUGUAUGGAAAGGAUGGUCGAUCAAAUGCGGUGACACAUCAUGAACAAGGAGGUGAGCUAUGGAUUGAAGUGAGAAAUACAUGCUUUAAAAGUGUUCAACAUGGUUCAGGGGAACCUGGAUUUGAAAAAGAUAUGGAUUGUCUGGAGGUGCAAAUGGCACGAUUAUGAAAUAUUUUGUUUCUAUGGAAUCAUCAAUAAAUUAUGGAUUUGUAAUGUU